AUGUCGUAGAUACGGAAUCCCCAUCACCUUUCUAAUAGUUCUUACUAUCAAUCGCAGUCACCUCAUGUAGAAUCUAAAACUACUACAACUGGAUCUUUUGCAGUUGUUAGAGGAUCGGUCCCCACCAAAGUUAACAUGGGGCAAACUAACUAUAGCACAGCAGCUACUAAAAUGGUAAUAGUUGACGAGUCACCAAGUGGCUUGCAAACCAAGAUGACUAAUUAUAUUGGAUUUUUCAGGAAAAAAUGCCAGGAAGAAGCUGAAAAGAAGAGGUAAGAGGUAAAUAGCAGAGAUACCAUGUACAGAUUCUACUCAAAAGACACCGAUAAGAUCAAAAGACUUGCAACUCCUGGAUAUGUUGGAGUAGAUCCGACCAUAGUAUAUUACAAAAAAUACAAGAACUUAGACAAAGAAAUGGAAAGAGAUCCUAAUGGCUAUUCUGCUUCCACUGCCUAUAUAUCCCAAAUAAAAUCCUUGAAGGUUUUACCUUCUCCUAUUGGAUUAAUAUCCCCAGAGCAUAGGGGAAAAGAGGGAACUAUUAGAGCUAAUAACAUGAAAAUGGGAAAUACCUAUGCUCUUGCAUUAUCCAACUCAAUGAAGCAUCUAUCCAAUACUAUUGCUGUCGACAUUCCAGGUAAUAGACUUGGUAAAAAAGGAGGAGAAGCUAUUUUAGGCAGCCUCGUUGACAGAGUAAGGACAAUAAACGUAGAUAAUAAUAAAAUUGGACCAGAUGGAAUGGUGAAUUUGGUAAGAUGGAUAGAUAAUCUAAAUUAAAACUGCCAACUUGAAGAAUUAAGUCUCGAAGGUAACAUGAUAGGAGAUUAAUUUUGUGUCGAACUAAUGGAAUGUCUUAUUAGAACUCUUCCUCCUGUAAGAGAUCUAAACAUUUCUAGGAAUAACAUUGGUGAUAGAGGGGCAUGCUCUUUAGCAGAAUUCAUUUCAACCCACUAUUACCUUAAAACCUUGAAAGUAAGUUGGAAUAAAAUUAAAAGUAAGGGAGGGAUAGCUAUAGCUGAAGCUUUGAAAGAAAAUAUGAGAGUAGUUGUCUUUGACGGCAGUUUUAAUUUAUUUGGACAAAAGAGAAAUGGUGAGUUUGGACAGAAAAUGGGAGAUGCUUGCAAUAAGGGUAUUUUAAGGCAUGUUGAUAUAUCUUACAACUCAAUGGACAAAAAUGAGUGCUAGAAAUUCGGAGAGGUUAUUUAUAAUAAUCAUACUGUGUGGGGACUUCAUAUAAUGGGCAAUGACUGUGUGCUUGAUUCAUUAGGCUUUGUCAGAACAACAAUUAAAAAUAAAAUCUAAACAAGAGAUAUUCUUCACUCUCCCUUAAGGGAAGGAAAUAAUUUUUUGAACUCAAUUCAUAAAGCAAGAAAUGCUAAGAUUAUGUCAUAUUAAAUGUGCUGGAUCUGCGAGGGAUGGAGUGAAUUGAAGUUUGAAUGGAAAGUUGGAAAAUCUGGAUCAACUUCUAAAGAACCAGUUUAUAUUCACUUUGAUUUCGAUGAGUACAGACCUUGGCUAAUGGAUAAGGAUGAUGAUAAUGGCUCAUUUGUACUUUGGAAAAUGAUUCCUCCUGGUAAAACUCAUUACUUCUAUUCUUUUGGAGGAGAAGGAGGCUAUGGUGAUGCAGCUAAGGAUCAGCAUCAUAUUAAGCUUUAGAAUAUAAAGCAUGUGAGAGAAAUAAAGUUCACGGAAAUCGAUGGCGAAACUUAAAAAUAGGUUGAGUAUUAUAAUAACUAUGAACUGAGAAGUAUUAAUUAUGCCAUUGGAGCUUAAGCAAAGAUCCUUGACCAUGAAUAUGAGCCAGUUAAGCUAAAAGUAAUGAAACCAAGACUCUAUGACAAGAUAUACACAAGACCAGUUAAUAAGAGACCAAGAACACCUUGGACUUUCCCAAUAUCAAUAUUUAAAGAUUACCAAAUCGAAAAUGAUACUAAAAUUAACGAAUGCUUCGAAUAUGACUGGGCACAAAUGAAAUUCCCGAAACUCACUGAUGAUGAAAUGAAUGGCGUAAAAGAGGAAUUAAGAAAGGCAUAUAAAACAAUCAAGGAAGCUUAUAAAUAUCUUUCAUCAAUAGGGUCAAAUGGUUCUGUCUUUUCGAUACUUCUUAAUUGUUACACUGAUUUUGUAAAGCAAAUAGGAAUUCACGAUGGUAAAAUUAUCAACGCAACUACAAGUGAUACCGAAUUUCUCUCAAUUAAUAAAAGAACGAAACCUUCAAAUUUAAAUCCCGGUCUUGCUCUAGUAAGAUUUUAACUCAUGGAAAUCUUAAUGAGGCUGGCAUUUAAGAGAUAUGAUGAGAGUAAAUUUCAUUUUUAUUUUAUAACUGUUUUAGCCAAAGAAGCAACUUCAAAGCCUGAAGCUGUGAGAUUGAUGCAUGAGAAGAAUCUUCUGCCAUACUACGGUGAGCUUAAUCCUUAAAAAUGGAGAGAGGAGAGAUACUGGAAUGAAGAAGUUGAUAAUAUCUAUAAGUCUCAUUUCCCAAUAUUUGAUAAGAUCUAUAAGUAAUUUGGGUGCCACUAUUUGAAGCCAGGAGACAAGCCUUUCAUGAUGGUUGAUGAAUUUGAAAACAUAUUCAUAUCUUCUGGGCUGCUCAAUGAUAACUUUGUUGGUAGAGAUUGCUAUAUAUCUUUCAAUGCUGCUAUGAUAACUCAAGUUGAUGAGCUAAAUAAGGAUCGUCAUCUCAAGGCUUAAUUUGUCGAAUUCCUCGAAGCUUUCGGCAGAGCUUGUGACAAGAUGUCAUUAGCACCUCCUUUAGAUGAAGCAGUAAGCCUAUAGCUAUUUUAUUAACUGUUUUAGACUGAUGAGCCACCAAUGAGUGAUGCAGAGAGAAUGGAGCAACCACUUUGCAAGAAAAUUGAGAACGUAUUACCAAUAAUUUAUGCUAACUGCAUGACCAAUGGAUUCAAAGAAAAGUGGAAGUGGCCUACAAGAGAUCCAGACACAGGUUUAUUCAAAGAUAAAUAUUGUAAGCUUAUAUUAUAACUUAAUCAUAUCACAGUCAAGAAAAAGAAGAAGGAGACAACUAGGGGUGAUAUAGGUGAUUUGCUUGAUGAGUCCCCAGAUAAAGAAAGAGGGAUAUUUGAUUUGUGA